GUCAGCGCCGGCUCUCACUGUCUGGAUGCUGCUGCAAGCGUAAGGUUUACCAACCGAAGCAUCUGCCCGUGUCUGCCUGCCGUCUAACAGGCUUUAUUGUUCACCAGUGCUGAAAGUGAAGGAAAAGCGCUUUUUAAGGAUAUAACAAAGAAGUUGAACCAUGUCUUCCAGCUCAGCAACGGUGCGCAUUCUUAUAAAGGGAGGUAAAGUGGUGAACGAUGACUUCACACAAGAAGCGGAUGUGUACAUCGAGAAUGGCAUUAUCCAGCAAGUGGGCAAGGAGCUGAUGAUCCCAGGUGGGGCCAAGGUUAUAGAUGCCACAGGAAAGCUGGUGCUUCCGGGUGGCAUAGACACCAGUGUUCACCUGAACGAGAGCUUUAUGAACGCCAGCACCGCGGAUGACUUCUACAGCGGCACCAAGGCUGCUCUGGCUGGAGGCACCACUAUGGUGAUUGGUCAUGUGCUGCCAGAGAAGAACGAAUCAUUGCUGGACGCUUAUGAAAAGUGCCGCUCUCACGCUGAUGCCAAGACCUGCUGUGAUUACGCUCUUCAUGUGGGAGUGACCUGGUGGGGAACAAAGGUUAGGGCUCAAAUGGAGACGCUGGUGCGGGACAAAGGGGUGAACUCCUUCCAGAUGUUCAUGGCAUAUAAGGACAUGUACAUGCUGAGGGACAGCGAGCUGUUUCAGGCCCUGCAGAACUGUAAGGAUAUCGGUGCUGUGGCCCGCGUCCAUGCCGAGAAUGGAGAGCUGGUUGCGGAGGGUGCCAGAGAAGCACUGGAUCUGGGUAUUAGUGGACCGGAGGGCAUUGAGAUAAGCAGACCUGAGGAGCUGGAAGCAGAGGCCGUCCACCGAGCUAUUACCAUCGCUAACAGAGCCCACUGUCCCAUAUAUCUUGUGAAUGUGUCCAGCAUGUCAGCAGGGGAUGUUUUAGCAUCCGCUAAAAUGCAGGGGAAAGUGGUGCAUGGAGAGACGACCACUGCUCAUGCUGUCUUAAACGGGCUGCAGUACUACCACCAGGACUGGGCCCAUGCAGCUGCUUUCGUCACUGUGCCACCACUCAGACUCGACCCCAACACGCCCAAUUACCUGCUCAGCCUUCUGGGAAAUGACACUCUGAACGUCGUGACAUCGGACCACCGACCCUUCACCACUAAACAGAAGGCGAUGGGCAAAGACGACUUCACUAAAAUCCCUCACGGUGUUUCUGGGGUGCAGGACCGCAUGAGUGUUAUCUGGGAGCGGGGAGUGGUUGGAGGCAAAAUGGAUGAGAAUCGUUUUGUUGCUGUUACAAGCUCCAAUGCUGCAAAGAUCUACAACCUUUACCCCAGGAAGGGCAGGAUCAUCCCUGGAGCCGAUGCUGAUGUGGUCGUCUGGGAUCCAGAAUCAACAAGGACCAUCUCUGUGACCACUCAAUGGCAGGGUGGAGAUGUAAAUCUGUACGAGAACCUACGCUGUCACGGCGUCCCGCUGGUAACCAUCAGCCGCGGUCGUGUGGUCUAUGAAAACGGCAUCUUCACCUGUGCCGAGGGCUCAGGAAAGUUCUACCCUCUCCGAACCUUCUCAGACUACCUCUACAAGAAAAUGGUGCAGAGGGAGAAGUGUCAAGCACUCAAGGGGGUGGAGCGUGCGCCCUACACUGGAGAUGUAGCUGCAGUGCAGAAUUCAGGGAAGAAGGAUGUGGGCCCUUCAGACGGGGACAUGAACCCACGACCCUGCACGCGCCACGGAGGAAUGAGAGACCUACAUGAGUCCAGCUUUAGUUUGUCUGGAGCCCAAAUUGAUGACAGUGUUCCAAAGAGAGCUUCCGCGAGGAUUCUGGCUCCACCUGGUGGUCGUUCUAGUGGAAUCUGGUAACAUUUCGGAUCAACGAUUGCGCAAGUCUGCAACUGAACACCUACAUUUUUGACAACCUCACAUCUGAUGAAAAUUAUUUAAUUUGAAUCACUUGCAACUAAAUUCCUGUGUGUUUUUAUAUAUGUGUGUGUGUAUACAAGGGAAAAAAUAUAUUUGUGUGGAAAUUGGAAAACAAGGUAUACAUUGGAAAUUAUUGUAAGAGAUUUGGUAAUGUUACAGGGUGUUUUGUUCUUCAUAUUCAGUCAAAUGAAAUAGUGAAGGUUGUGUUCAAAUGCAACACUGUUGUAGUGCUAAAUAAAUGACAGAUCCUUUUACUAAUUGUUUUUGUUACCACAUUAAAACGUAAGCUGCCGUUUAACCCGUUUUAAAGAUAACAACUGCAAAGUUAUUUAAGAAUGGGAAUGUUAUUAGUUUGUGUAUUUGGUCAUGGCUUGAAAAUGUGAACCAUUGUAAAGUUAUUUAAUAUUUGAACUGUUUUAAUGUGUUGGCAGAUGACUAUACAUUUACCUCAGUGUUUAUCUCUGGAGUUACACUUGUGUACAUUAACACUCUGCCUCUCUACACUUACAACUCCACCGUUUGACAACACUUUCUGACAGCAGGAACAAACCAAUUUUUGCUUUGUGUCGAGGUGUUAAUAUUUGUUCUUAUUUCCGACACUCAAACUUCAAAGGCAGUACAAGAUAUUUGAUUGUUUCUCUGUUAUAGUUCUAGUUUUAGUUCAUGACACAGGUCACUUGUAUUGCUUAUACAUUCAAAAAAGUCAUUUAUAAGAAGCAUUUUUAAUUUUCCUAAUGUCAUUUAUAAGCACACGUACCUGACCUUCUAAAAUGUGAAUUACGAAUAACAUUGUUUACAAUGUUACAUAUCAAAUUUAACUCAUCUAAACAUGAAUCGAUCUUUCAUUUUUCACUGACCAGAUUUUCUUUUUAUCCACUAAGUCUACAUUCCCUGUUAGUGUUACAGGCACUUACAGUACAAGUUAUUCUUCAUAACAAUAGCAUAAUUUUUGCAGUGUAGCGUUAUGUCUGUUCUAGAAUGAACUGUUAGCCGAACACUGAACUGUAAAGACAGUUGUUCACUGAACUUUAACACUGUGCAUUAGUGACUAUUGAUCUGCAUGUUCCAAAACAAGUCAGACACUUCUGAUCAACACUAACCAACCCUGUUAAAAGACACCAGACUGAGGCAUGUGUUCUUUUUCUACAUGUAUGUCUAACUAAGCACUUGAAGAGCUUCUGUAGAGACCGUUCGAAACACAGUAACUUUAGCUGUACAAUGUUCCAGUCACACAAGCAGUAGAAUGGCAAGAACAUUUCUGUUGGUGCUGAAUAUUCAUGUGUUUUUUUAUUCUGGAUUUUCUGUAUGCUUUUCAAUUUUUUAAUAUGAGCUGUGUAUGCACUACAGUUGGACGUAUUAACGUAUUAUGUUUAUCUCAUGAAAAAGUGCAAAUAAACUCCCUUCAACCUCA